AUGGUCGUCACAUUCUUGGCUCUGAGUCGACUGGGCUAUACGGUUAUGAUGAUCUCGUCUAGACUGUCUAGUUCGGCGAGCGUUGCCCUGUUGGAGACCGUCGGCUGUGAGACGAUCAUAUAUGGGCGAACGCCUGCGAUCCGCGCAAUAGUGGGCGACAUCCUGCGGCAGAAGCUCCUAAAAUGUUCUCCGAUACGCUCGUGCUCCGCGAGCAAUAUGGCUAAGAUACACCCCGUGGCCCUCCCCCGACAAUAUAACCCCGAGGACAUCGCCCUGAUUCUCUAUUCCUCGGGAUCCACUGGUAGUCCCAAGCCGAUUUUCCUUUCGCAUCACCACCCGGGCGGGAUUUCGGUAUUGAAGGUAUAUAAGCUAGUCGCGUACGGAGGCGCACCUUGCCCUGACAGUCUGGGGGACCGUCUCGUUCUCGAGGGUGUCUAUCUAGGAGGUUUAUUUAGCCUGACCGAGGCGGGCUUAGUGGCGGAGUCAAUCUCACGGCCCCUGGGCGACCCCUUCUGGAACUAUUUAAGGUUUUUCGCCAACCUCCGGUCCUAUGUUUGGAUGAAGCCUCGUAGUGAGCGCCUCUACGAAUGCUAUCUCUGGGUCGGCGAAGCGGUCGUCGUGGGGAUCGGUAAGGCCCUCCUGGGCCUCUUGAUCUGGCGCGCCAAGGAGGCCCCUAACGCACCGCGGCUUCCGGACGCCGAGUUCCUCGAGACAAUCUGGCCUCACAUCGUGGAGGCCAAUGCUUGGGCAGAGGCCUUUUCUCAGAUAUCACGUGAUACGAUCUAUCGUACGUAUGCCGAGCGGAUAGAAUAUCUCUUUGCUAGGGACGCCGUUCCUCAUGGCGGUUACCGCCUUGACCUGGCGGCGACGGAAACUUGCCUCCUCCGACUGUGUCGGGAUGCGUUGGGGAUCCCCGUCUCUUCCGCUGCUACUAAUAUAUACGUCGAGGGUUCUGCGGCGCGCGACAAUGGUACAUUAGUCAUGGCGGAAUGGAUUGAGAAGUACUCGCGGUUUGGAAAGCAUCUCCCGCACCGGGAGGUCCUGCCCGAGUUAAAGAACGUGCUUUUGAUAGGAGCGACUGGCUCGAUUGGCGCGUACGUUCUGUUCGAGUUGCUAAAUAACGAAACGAUUACGACGAUCUUCUAUCUAACGCGACGGCACUCGCCCUUCGAUGCCCCGGUCAACUUCCACCUGCCUCUCUCCUUCUUCGAACCGCACGUUCGGGGCCUCUAUAACCUGAUCGAAUUCUCCCUGUCGGUGAGGAGGCCCGAGCCUGCGGUUAUGAUCUUUUGCUCCUCCGUGUCUAUGGCUCUGGGGGCGUCCUCCGUGAAGGUCACCGAGGAGCCUCUGCGCCUAGACAGCGCGCUGCUAGGCUAUGGGCAAUCGAAACUCGUGGGGGAGCAUAUGGUGAGCAACACGGGCUGGUGGAAGGAGAGUGAGGCGCUACCCCUCAUGAUCCGUUCCGCGAUAACCCUGAAAGCCCUCCCUGAGCUGCCCCAUAUAUAUUCGUGGCUCCCCGUGAACACGCUUGCCACGGUCAUCCUCGAGAUCGCUAGGGCGUGUUCUAUGCCUAGCCGCGACUAUGGAGCGGAUUGUGCAUACGAUCGCUCGAUAGUGACCCUGAUAGAUGAUUCGAUUUACAAUGUGUGCAACCCUUGCGAGUUCUCUUGGACUGCGUUGCUGGACAGUCUCAAGCAGAGUGGGUAUGAUUUCGAGAUCGUGCCGUUCGAGGAGUGGAUGAAUUUGCUUCGUGGGAGUGAGGCGCGAGGCGAGGAAUAG